UCUAAUUGGCUCAGCUUCUAGGGGAACGACCGCUUUUCGGACGUGACCAAGUUUCAUUCAAGGUGGGGAUGUCUUUAGCGCCAAAACGCAAACUUGUAAUUGAGCGGGAGAUAUUGUGCAGAACGUUCCAGGCUCGGGCUUCAGCGCUACAGAAGGUAAUAUGGCCACUCCACCGAAAAGGAUUUGCAUCGACGUGCCAGCAUCCCCCUCAGGCAACAAGUGCAAGGUCAAGAGGAUCUCCAUAGAGGGAAACAUUGCUGCAGGGAAAUCUACCUUUGUCAAUAUUCUCAAAAAGGCCAAUGAAGAGUGGGAUGUUGUUCCUGAGCCCAUAGCAAGAUGGUGCAAUAUUCAGAGCUGCAAAGAUGAAUUUGAGGAGCUAACUACCUCUCAGAAAAGUGGAGGUAAUCUACUCCAGAUGAUGUAUGAAAAGCCAGAGCGCUGGUCUUUCACUUUUCAGUCCUAUGCUUGUCUGAGUCGUAUCAGGGCCCAGCUGAAAGCUUUGGGAGGGAAGCUGAAACAAGCAGAAAAUCCAGUGCUAUUCUUUGAACGCUCCGUCUAUAGUGACAGGUAUAUCUUUGCAUCCAAUUUGUAUGAGGCAGAGUGCAUGAAUGAAACUGAAUGGACUGUUUACCAGGAUUGGCAUGAUUGGAUGAAUUCUCAGUUCGGUGCAGAUCUUGAACUGGAUGGAAUUAUUUAUCUUCGCGCUAUCCCUGAGAAAUGUUUAAACAGGGUUUACUCCCGUGGGCGGGAAGAAGAGCAAGGAAUUCCCAUGGAAUACUUGGAAAAACUUCAUUACAAGCAUGAGAGCUGGCUUCAUCACCGAACUCUGAGAACGGAUUUUGAGUACCUGCAAGAAAUCCCCAUCCUGACUUUAGAUGUAAAUGAAGAUUUCAAAGAUAAUAAACAGAAGCAGGAGAGCCUAAUUGAAAAGGUUCAAGAAUUUCUGAGCACUUUAUAAUAACCAGAAGAUACAAGUUUUCCUUCUUCUGUGAAAUGUUUCUACAAUUUAUUAGCAGAUUUUAGACUGAAAAUGGCGUGGAUGUGGUUAUAUGUUUUAAUCAAUCAAGAUUUUGUAGUUUCUAUGGUAAUGCAGUGUUUCUACUCUGGUGUUUGGUUUAAAGAAGGGCUUCUUGCAUGAUGCAUGCUUUUUUCACAGACACCGUCCUGUGUCUUCCUGUAAUGAAAACAACAUGGCAGCAUGAAGAAGGUAAAAGGUGCAUCUAAAUUUUAUUAAAUAACUUUGCACAGACUCAUAUUUUGGGGAACAUCCUCCCCUUCUCCUGCAUCACUUGAAUAAUUCCCCAAGUCAUUGUUCUGUAAGAGAAUGUACAAAAGUCCCUUUUAAAUCUUUUGCUUUGUGUUUAGUCUUCUUGUCUGGUGUCGGCCAUAAUUUGUGCUAAAAACUGUACAAAGUUCUGUAUUAAGGGGAAAGUCACUACUCAGCACCCUUCAGUACCAGCUGAUCAUAUGUCAAGUCUAGACAGUCACAGUUUUAGCCAUUGAAACCACAUAUAGGGUUAUAAAAUGGUAAUUAAUACCCAUAGGAGCAAAUCCCUCCUGAAAGGCAAUGUGCUUCUGACUGAUUAAUGUAGGAACUGUGCAACCUAUAAUUUAUUUUGUGUAGCUUUUAUAAAUAUUAUUUUUUAAAUAUAUUAUUGCUGUUCUCUCAUGGUGCUACAACUUUCACUAUCCUAUUUUUGUGCACCAGUAAAAAUACCUUCUACAUGACCCACGUGGUAUUUCUGCCAUCCAUGGAGUUCAUGCUUUCUAUAAAAAAAAAAUAUGUAAAUAUGUCUUUCUUUCAUUCAUACAGAUGAAUUGUUAUAGGUAAUCAAAUUGAAUUUAAGCAGAAUCACCUACACCCCCUAUACACAUGCCAUAGUUUGAGGCAGGACAUGCUAAUGAGUUGUUUUUUAAAAUAUUAGCAGACACUCUUAAAUAACUUUGUUCAACAACUACUAUAGAGGCAGUGCACCUCCCAGCCCAUCACAAUUUUUAAUGUUACAGUUGUUUCCUUUAUCCAUAACCAGUCCAUAUAAUAAUGUUCAUAAUCGUUACAUUUGUUGGACUUGGUUGAUUAGCUGUGUUUAGAUUUAUUUAGUCAAAUGUUGUUGCUAUUAUGUUUUAAAAGGAAAAAUGUAAUAGAAUAACAGCUUUAACCCUGUGCCUGACAUAUCAGUGGUCACAUUACACUGGCUCCAACAACAAACAAGUAAAACCCUUCUGUACUGCCACAGUGUUUCAAGCUCCAUGUUUCCCAAAAUCCCUGAAUGAAAACUAUAUUAUAGGCCAUGAUGCUGUCCCCCAGGCAUGGGUUUAGACAGUCGGUAGGUCAACGUUAAUGCAGGCCCCUCUCCUCUGCUGAUUUAACACUGCUGGCCCCAGUUGUCAGACAGGAGGGAGGAAAGGUGUUGGGUCAUAAAGUAUUUAGAGGACUUUACAUCAGGUUAUGGUCAGGUUUGAAUUGAAAAAUUACUACUUGGGAGUGGGAAAGCAGAAUUCAGCCUGCACGUGCUGUAGUAUAUUUCUUGGAAGGGAUAGUAAAUGUGACCUGAUAUUGUAGAGCACCUGACUAGUACCCUGAUUGCCAGUUAAAGGAUAACUAAACCUCCUUGCUAAUAAAACCCUCUACCCUCCAUAGUCCCCCUCCCUACUCUCCCACCCCCCUGCACAGGUGUUCACACACGUAAAUGCCCCUAAGCUGGUAAUUAGUAGGGAUGCACCGAAUCCAAUAUUCGGUUCGGACUUUUUUCAGCAGGAUUUGGUUCGACCAAAUCCAAAAUAGUGGAUUUGGUGCAUCCCUAGUAAUUACUGCUCAUUACAGAGUCAACGGAGCUCACAGGCUUCAGUGAUUCCGGAAUCUUCAUUAAGUAAGCGCCGUAUUGGCUCAUGCACAGUUGCAGCAAUAUUCCGUUCCUAAACAACUGCCCAUGCACCGAAAGCCGCAAGAUGGCCCCCGUGACCUCCGCUGCGCUGACUCUGCAAUGAGGGUAAUUACCAGCUUAGGGGCAUUUACUUAUGUGAACACCUGUGCGGGGGCAGGGCAAGGAGUGGGGACUGUGGAGGGUAGGGGGUUUUAUUAGCAAGGGAGUUUAGUUCUCCUUUAAGGAACCAUAAAGUGAUGUGCUUUCCAGUGACUCUCUUUGUACAAUGUAGCAUAGUAACUGUCUAAAGCAAACAUUAAAUAAACAUUAAAUAGAGAUAUAGGAUAACUGGGGUGCAUGUAUAGUGUAUAAAAUAUUUGCAUUUUUGAAGGUGCAAAGUAUUUACCCUUCCAACGUAUACUGUAGCUUUUUACCAUUAUGUUUGCUUUCACAGAUUCUUGUAUUUUUCAGGGAAUUAGUAUUGUUCAUGUAAAGCAGUAAGUUCAUGGGCAGCUGGCAAGGAAUGGUGGGUGGCAAGCAAUAUGGAACAGGUAUUGUUGUAUGGCCUCGGGAUCAUGUCCUUCCUUUGAUGGAUUUCAAACAGAAUAUGUAAGAAAUCCGCUCUGGGGCUUUACCUGAAUGCUUCAUUUGUUUACAUUAUUUUAAAUGAAAUUUCUUGUGCUUAAUUCAUGUACAGUUGAAUAAUGGGUUACCUCUUUUGAAACUGCAUCUCCCAGAAUUCCUCCACACUGAUUUGCAAUGCUGGUUGGACAUCUCUGCUCUUUUAUCUACAAGUUUAGUGCCCCUUUAGUUUUCAGUGGUACAUAAGGACACUUGGGGGUUAUUUAUCAAAGGUCGAAUGCUAGAGGUUUUUUUUCCUUGAAUAAACUCAAAAUGCAAAUGUUAUCUUAUUGAAGUAAACACUCAAAUGUAAAAUACCUGAUUCUGUAACUUUGAGUCCAGCAAUCUAAAAACAUAAAUUGAUCGAGUUUGAGCAUAAAAAAAAGCUUGAAUACUUAGUUUUUGGGCAAACACCCUCUGAAACAGCUCAAACAUUAAGUAGGCUAACAUCUUCAAAUGGAUCGAGGAACUUCUUCAUGAGCUCAACAGGUUUUAGAUUGUGUAUUUUCAGAUUUUAACUAUUUCCAGGGUCAAUGAAUAAUAAAUCUUUAAUAUUCAAGUAUUUUUAAACCUGAAGAUGUGAGUUUUGACCAAAAAUACAACUGAAAAACUCAAAUUUUUGUAGAAAACAACUCGAACCAUAAUAAAUCUGCCCCUCUAUAUGUAAUAUUUGCUAUAAAUAUCAACUUUCAGUGAAAUACCUAAUAUACGUACCCAUAGGAGCAGUUUCUCAGCUGUGUUGUUCUUGAUGCACUGAUCUGUAAUGUGUUUGACUCCACAGUUGCAGGUAUAGGAAUCAUUUUUCAUGUAUUCUUGAGCCUGCAACUUGGUAACGAUGAACUUUGAAACAUACUUUGUUUUAUGCAAAUAACACAUACGUUUGUAUAUAUAUAUAGUCUAUACUUUUGUGCAUUCAGUUGCUUUUUAAAUAAAGUUUUAAAACUAUA